AUGAGCGAACCUAACCAAGGAAAACAAGCAGCCAACCAGGGUAAAGAACCCGGCCCGCAAAACGAGUCGCCAGAAGACACGAACACACCUGGCUUGCAACAAACGCAGAACCUCGGCCCACAAGGGGUUACCUCACAAAAUGCGACGCUCGCACAAGCAGCAACCGGUAGGACGAUCGCAUCCUCAAAAAAGUCCAGGCUAUCCUCUAUAGCCGAGAAACCACCAGCCAAAGCAAUCCGGAAUGAGGAGGAGGAGGAAGAAUCCCCAGACGAGGACCAAGACGAAGAGCCAGAAGAGAUACUGGGGCUGUUGAGAGCGGCACCAAAACAAGGCAAGAAAUCACAAUCGAGCCAAAAACGAGCGAGAGAUGCCGACGCCCCAACCGACGGAGGCGAAGAGAGCAUCCUCUUAGAAAAAGCUAUGGCAGCCCAGAAGAACGGCGACACCGAUCGCGCAGACAUGUUCUUCGACUUAUUGGCCGAGCUCAGAGCCAAGAAGCCCAGACCAACUCACCCGGAGCAAGAGAUCCAGCUCAUACCACAAAAGUCGACGGCGAUGAUCGGCAUAAAGUCGGACAACCCCCAAAUAAAGGAAGGCGGCCUCUCUUUCUACGGUAAAGGAGUCAACACCUUCCGCGAUAUGGGCCUCCCAACGUUCUUUGACAAGAACAUGAAGGAGCUUAAAGGCCCGCUCCCACUCACCAUCUUCAACAAGAAAUGGCAAGACGCGGCGGUACUCUUCCACACCGACAAACGCUCAAAAUCGGAGGAUAGCUCAGAAACGAAAGACCGAUACACCGGCCUGAAAUUCCAAAGCGAGUGGGAGCAGUCCUUCAGCGACUGGACCAUCAACCACCGAGCUUUUCACCUCUCCCUGCUGAACAUCUACGGCUUCCCGACCUUCGGGGGCUGGCUCCUAGACCACAAAGCCAAUUGCGACCGGAUCCAAACACAACACGGGUUUAUGGCCGCACUGAGGUACGAUAUCCAACUCAGGACGAACGCAUUCGCCCACAGAGUGGUGGUAAACGGCGACCCGUCGGUACCAGACAUAUCGGUGCUUCGAACCGAUAUCGCCAAAGAUUGCUACGCGGAAGCGCGUAACUUCGAUGAGCUGGGGUUUAGAGAUAUCAACCCUUACGCGCAAGGGGGACCAAGGGCACACCUGGAUCCCCUGACGUGCCUGCCAAAGCCCGGGAAAACAGCUUUCGUCAAACCACCUUCUCAGCCGCCCCAAUAUCAAGGGGCCCCAGGCUACGGCCAGUUCAAUCCAGGGUACCCCCAAGGUUUCUACCCAGGCGGCCAGUACCACUACGGGUACAAUUCACCCAUCCCGAACCACUACCCCCCAAACCAAGCCCAACUCGGCAAUAAUCACGGCCAAGGACAACGUCAGCAAGACGCUAGAGGGAACGGAAACAAGGGAGGAUACAAGGGGAAGAAUUUCAACCCGAGUUAUCAAGAUCAACGGAGAGGAAACCAACAACCGCCCAGCCAGGGAGGCGGACAAAUGGUCUUAAGUUCUAAUUCUCCACGAGCCACCUGGCAAGUGGAAAUACCCGAGAGAGACCCUGAAGAAGACCAUGAAACACACGAGAAAGGGUGGCCUUCAAAAGUAUCUUGUGAGAUGAAUAUCCAGGCGUGGGAGGAGGCGCUGCGCAAGGCGGACCUGCUACCUGAGUUCCAAGACGUUUUAGAUGGCUUUGUUAACGGUUUCGACCAAGGGAUUCCCCAACAUAGAAUAGGGGACCAACCGCAUUUUACCCCACCAAACCACGCAUCAGCCCUUCAGGCUAAAGACAAAAUUCAGAAAUCGAUUUGUACAGAGCUGGAGGCCGGUCGGAUGUUCGGACCGUUCGAGAAAGACCAAGUGAAUGAAGUAUUCCCUUUCUUUCGAACAAAUCCGCUAGGAGCGGUGAUCAACGGAGAUGGCUCACUAAGGCCAAUAAAUGACCUAUCAUAUCCACACGGCAAAGACGGUGUCCCAUCAGUGAACUCCUUCGUGGACGCAGAUGAUUUCGCAACAUCUUGGGAUGACUUCAAUAAAGUAGCAUCAUUUUUCCGGAAAUUAAAAUCGCCAGUGCUCCUUGCCAUUUUCGACUGGGAGAAAGCAUAUCGGCAAAUCCCAACAGCGAAAGACCAAUGGCCGUAUUUGAUGAUAAAAGAUUUUGAUGAUAAAAUCAUCCUCGACACUAGAAUAACGUUCGGAGGAGUAGCGGGGUGCGGGUCCUUCGGCAGGCCAGCAGACGCUUGGAAACUCAUAAUGAAGGCGGAAUUCGACCUGCUCGAAGUGUUCAGGUGGGUGGAUGACAACCUAUUCAUCAAGACACCGGGAUCCAAAGUCACCAUGAAGCACAUUGUGGACCACUCAAACACUCUUGGAGUGAAAACAAACAAAACCAAAUUCUCUCCGUUCCAAGAGGAACAGAAAUUCAUUGGCUUCCUGUGGAACGGAACCUCGAUGACAGUCAGAUUACCGGCAGAGAAAAUCCAGAAAAGGAUAGAACAAAUCAAAGUCUUUCUGGAACCCGGGGCAUCAAGCUCAUUCACGGAUGUAGAGGCAUUGGCUGGACGGUUAAACCACGUCACAUUCAUACUUCCGCAACUCCGAUGCUAUUUGUGCUCAAUCUACAGAUGGCUCAAGUCCUGGAAAUUCUCGAUGGCACCAAGAAACACCCCAGUCGACGCAAAAGAAGACUUAUCGUUCUGGUUGCACACACUCACCACGUUCUCAGAGACCAGACUCCUGCCUAACCCAAACCCAACGGAGGUGGGAUGGGUCGGCGAUGCAUCGACAAGUUUCGGGAUCGGAGUAGUCAUAGGGAAGAAGUGGACGCAGUUGAAAGCGGUUGCAGGUUGGGACACAGGGGUGGAACCGAAGAAGUCAAUUGCCUGGCUGGAAACCGCAGCGAUACGAGUAGGACUCCUUAUGCUGAAGCAAAUGAAAGCAAUCCCCGGGAAGUCCUUUAUCGUCUGGACCGACAAUACGACCGCAGAAAACGCAGUUCACAACAGGAAGUCGAAAGACUGGGCAGCUAACGAAGAGUGGAAGCGGAUACAGUCCCUCCUCAUAGACAUGCAAGUAGACCUGUCAGCAAAACGCGUGACCUCAAAAGAUAAUAGGGCGGAUGCACUGUCAAGAGGGGACAUGUCGGGACACAGCAUGCGAGAUUUCAUUCCGCUGAUCCUGCCACCAGACCUUGAUUUGUUACUCAUCUCCCCAUUCUAA